AUGACAAAGCAAACUAUUACUCUUGUAUCUCACAGUGUUUGUGGGAAAAGAAAAGCCGAUGAAGCUGAAAUCUCUCCAAGAGUCUCAAUUAAGGUAGUUGAUGAUGAGACAUGGACUACAUUUCAUUAUUCUAAUAAUCCUCCCGUUUUUUGGGGGAGCAAUAAGAGAAAUAAUUGGAGAUCUAUAGUGUCUAGUCCUCUUUUCAAAAAUUCUACCAGUUCAGCGGUUGACGAUGACACAAAACCAACAAAGAGGUUGCACAAAGAGGAAAAAGUAGUGGAAAACCAAAUCAAAAACUCUGUGACUGCUUCCGUUGAAAAGCCUCAGCAGUUUCACCUCAGGGAUGGAGGUACUGUAUCACCAAUAGAACAUGGCGCUAAAGACAGCACUAUAACCGCUGAAGCCAAUGAAAUUAAAAUAAUUACAGCUGCAGCUCCUGCUACUACCAUUACGGGGUCAGAAUCUGAAGAGAAGGUUCAUAAAAUAAGGUUUUGGUGCAACAAAAGGGUAGGAGCACCUGAGAAAUCUUCCACUUCGCAAGGGGAAGCAAAUCGGGAAAGAUCUUCCAAAAAACAUCAAAUAAGAAGAUGGCUCAAUAAAGAGGGCCCUGAAACCAUUCUUGCUCAACGCAUUAAAAAGGCUCGAUACGACUUUAGCCUUGCCGCAGCAGAAGCAGCUAUGGUGGCUGCGGUACGUAAUCGAGCUAAGAAGGCAGCAAAAGCUGGUGCAUUUACAGCUGCCGCCGUAACACGCGUAAUUGCUGCAGAAAUGUGUCCUCAUGCUAGCCACGGAAGCAUCGCUGACGCCAUCAGUGAAGCUUGUAAGGAUGUCGCCAAGACUUCUUUAGUCCAAAGAGCUGAAAAUGGCGACUAUCUAAGACUGCAUGGGUUAUUUCACUAUCAUUAUAAGUUUAGAGGGCCAGAUUAUUACAAAGCUUUAGAACCAUGUUGUUAUUAUACCAUGAAAUCUGAUGGUGAACCUACCAUUCAUUGCAAAAUGGAUGAACCGGUAGAAACUUUUCGUGGUAGCGCUGUUGCUAAUGAUAGUCCUCUGGUACUUUUCUUAAAGCAAGUAGCUGAAGAAGGUGGAAGAACGUCACAAAAUGAUACUGAUACUGAUAUUGAUGAAGAUGUUGAUUCCCAUGUCCAAACUAAACCUCGAAGUGAAAUACCAACUGUACCUACAAGGGCCAAAGAUGAAAUAAUGCCGGCGAAGAAGGGGGAGCAGGAUUCAAAACCACCCCACAAUAAACAGCAAUUGGAUAAAUCUCCUGUGCUAAGCGGAGAAUCAGACGUUUCAACAACUCCCAAGUUGCAAUUAGAUGAUUUCUUUAUUAUCAAAUCUGGUGAUAUCGGAUCAGACGUUCGUUCACAAGCAGUACCCUUAAAGCCAACUGUAAAGCGUCAUAAAGAUGAAGAUUGUAGUUAUGGUGUUGAUAAGACCAGUAUGUUGACACCAAUAAAACACUUCUUAGAGACCCUUGAUCUUCAUCCAACAAUUGAUGAGAACGUCAACCCCGAUGCAGAAAGAGGGAAGAGCUUACCUCGAACGGUAUCGAAAUGCAUUUGGCAUGAUAAAACUUUGGAACCUACAUCUCAAUUCAGGAUUGGUUCACAGUAUCUUUCCAUAAGAACUAGUUCAGUUGGCAUGGUCAGAUAA